GAGGGGAGGGAUGAUGGAGCUAAGAUGGCAGCCCUACUGAGGGUGCUGCCUCUCUGGGGUCAAGAAAUAUUCAAGGAACGAAUGAAACCGAAACACGAACAGGCAGUUUUUGGAAAUUAACGGUGCCGUUUCUGCUGUUUUACAAGCACAUGUAUUAUGGCUUGAGAAGAUCUAUUUUCGGGAGACAAGCACCGUGUUGACGCUGUGGCCGGGAUAGGAAGACCGUAGCUGCACCACCAGAUUGGCUACAAUUUGCGCUUAUAAUAACCGGGGACCUUGGACGUUUAAUUGUGGUAUUUCUGCAACUUGGAACGGACAAAUAAUGUGACAUGUGGCGGAUUUGAUGACAAGUGGAUCGCAUCUGAUGGCUAGAAAUUAUCUAGCUGUGAUAUCUUUUGUGUAAUAUAUGCAUUGUUCUCCAAAACGAUGAUGUGUGCUGCUGCGGCAGCGGCCGCCGGUGGAGGGAUUCUGCCCUCCUCAUCGCCGUCGAUGGGGAUGGGUGUCCGGGUCAUAUCUGGAGCAGGAGCCGAGCUCUCCACCAUCGGUUCUGGGAUGGGUUCUUGUCCGACAGCCGGAGCCCAGUCGGAUUGUCGGACUCGGUACCAGCUUUUACUCUCAGGGCGAGCACUGGCUGAACGAUACAGACGGAUUUAUACCACCGCUAUUAAUGAUAAAGAGCAAGGGAUAAAUCAAGGACGGGGAAAGAAGGCUUUGAGUAAGAAGAAACUGAAGAGGCGACAGAAGGUCAAGUCAAAAGUAAAAUCAAGAACAAAGGCUGAGAGUCUAGAUGGAGCCCUCUGCGUGCCCGACAUCAAGCUGCACAGCAACCCUUCUGCAUUCAACGUCUACUGCAACGUGCGGCACUCUGUGCUGGACUGGCAGCAGAGAGAGGCCUCCCUCGUGCUGGCCUCCAGGAGCUCGGUGCAGAGCGGAGACUCGGACAGCGAGGAGGAGGAGGAGUACCGCGAGCCUGCUGUGAAGCUGCCAAAGAUCAUUGGCAUCGGCCUCUGCGGGGUUUUUGAGCUGAUCAAAGAGACUCGGUUCUCUCACCCCUCCUUGUGCCUGCGUAGCCUGCAGGCCUUGUUGGACAUGCUGCAGGGACAACAGCCUGAGGGCUUUCAGACCGAGCCUCCUGAUGUGCUAGACUCUCUAUUCCAGCUGUUGUUAGAGACCACGGUCCGGAGCACGGGGCCCAAUGACCCCACAGGACAGGCCAUCACGGCUCUGUCCUGCGCCUGCCUCUUCAGUCUGGUGGUUGCCUGGGGAGACACUGGCAAAAUACUGCAGGCCGUCUCCGCCAUCCUCACCAACAACGGCAGCCAUGCGUGCCAGACGAUACAGGUUCCCACUAUACUGAACGCCCUGCAGAGGAGUGUGCAGGCUGUCCUGGUGGGAAAGAUUCAAAUCCAGGAUUGGUUUGGGAAUGGCAUCAAGCGCGCAGCUCUGAUGAACAAGUGGAGCCUGAAAGAGGUGGCCAUUGAUGAGGAUGAGCGCUGUCUCCUACAGACUGAUGGCUCCUUCCUGUAUUUGCUGUGCAAGGAUGGGCUCUACAAAGUGGGCUCUGGAUACAGUGGCACUGUCAGGGGCCACGUAUACAACUCCACGUCUCGUACCAGGAAUCGAAAGGAGAAGAGAUCAUGGCUUGGCUUCGCUCAGGGGUACUUGUUAUAUCGGGAAACAUGUAACCACACCAUGUCGGCCAUCAAGAUCAAUCCUGAGACUCUGGAGCAGGAGGGGACUAUCACCAUGCCAGGUCAACAUUCAGACGGACAGAACAUCAUCUUCACAGACGGAGAGUACAUCAACCAGAUCGCAGCCUGCAAAGAUGACGGUUUUGUGGUGCGGAUCUAUAGUAUGAGCUCAGACCCAACCCUGCAGCAGGAACUGCAGCUAAAGCUGGCAAGGAAAUGCCUUCAUGCCUGCGGCAUCUCUCUAUUUGACCUCGAGAAGGACCUGCACAUCAUCAGCACAGGCUUUGAUGAGGAGGCAGCACUGCUUGGAGCAGGCAGGGAGUUUGCUUUGAUGAAGACUGCCUCGGGAAAGAUUUACUACACAGGAAAGUACCAGAGCCUGGGUAUAAAGCAGGGUGGUCCAUCAGCGGGGAAAUGGGUGGAAUUGCCCGUUACAAAGUCUCCUAAGAUCGUUCAGUUCUCAGUCGGCCAUGAUGGCUCCCAUGCGCUGCUAGUGGCCGAAGACGGAAGUGUGUUCUUUACAGGCUCUGCAAGCAAGGGAGAAGAUGGAGAGUCCACUAAAAGUCGCAGACAGCCCAAGCCGUACAAGCCCAAGAAGAUGAUCAAAUUAGAAACCAAGACAGCGGUCAACACGGCGUGCAACAAUGGCAGCAGCAGCAUCGUCACCAAGGAUGGAGAGCUCUACAUGUUUGGCAAAGAUGCUAUUUACAGUGACAGCACCUGCCAAGUCACAGACCUGAAGGGUCACUCUGUAACUCAGGUUGCCAUGGGUAAGGCCCAUACGUGUGUUCUGACCAAGAGCGGUGAAGUGUGGACAUUUGGGGUGAAUAACAAGGGCCAGUGUGGCAGAGACACUGGGUCCAUGAGCCAGGCUGGGAAAGCAUUUGGUGUAGAGAGCAUGGCAACGGCUAUGGAUGAAGACCUGGAGGACGAGGUAGAAGAGAAGGAAGAGAAGAGCAUGAUGUGCCAGCCAGGCAUGCACAAGUGGAAGCUGGACCAGUGUAUGGUGUGCACCGUGUGUGGAGACUGCACGGGCUACGGGGCCAGCUGUGUGAGCAGUGGACGGCCGGACAGAGUGCCAGGAGGUAUCUGUGGCUGUGGAUCCGGAGAGUCGGGCUGCUCGGCGUGUGGCUGCUGUAAGGCCUGCGCCAGGGAGCUGGACGGUCAGGAGGCCAGACAGAGAGGCAUCUUUGAUGCAGUGAAGGAGAUGAUUCCACUGGACCUGCUGCUAGCUGUGCCUGUCCCUCCCCCUCCAGGAGUGAACAUCGAGGAGCACAUUCAAAUCCGUCAGGAAGAGAAACGACAGAGGAUCAACCGCCGGCACAGGCUGGAGGAAGGCAGAGGCCCCAUUGUUUAUCCCGGUCCCAUUUUUAUGAACCAGCGUGAGCAGGCCCUAGCCAGAAUAAGACCCCUUCAGGCACUAAGGCAUAAACGGGACAAGCACAAAGAUGGUAGCAGUGAGCGUGGAGAGAAAGAUGCAAGCAAAAUCACCACCUACCCACCGGGGGCCGUGAGAUUUGACUGUGAGCUGCGAGCUGUGCAGGUCAGCUGCGGGUUUCACCACUCGGUGGUGCUGAUGGAGAAUGGAGACGUCUACACAUUUGGUUACGGCCAACAUGGACAGCUUGGACAUGGAGACGUAAACUCAAGGGGUUCUCCAACUCUGGUGCAGGCCCUUCCAGGUCCCAGUGUUCAGGUGACAGCGGGCAGCAACCACACAGCCGUUCUUCUCACUGAUGGGCAGGUCUUUACAUUCGGGAGCUUCUCGAAAGGACAGUUGGGCCGGCCCAUCCUGGACAUGCCCUACUGGAAUGCCAAGCCGUCCCCCAUGCCCAACAUCGGUGCCAAAUAUGGACGAAAGGCCACUUGGAUCGGUGCCAGCGGGGACCAGACGUUCCUGCGGAUCGAUGAGGCUCUUAUCAACUCCCAUGUCCUAGCAACUUCAGAGAUCUUUGCCAGCAAACACAUUAUUGGCCUUGUGCCCUCCUCUGUAUCCGAGCCGCCUCCAUUUAAGUGCUUGCUUAUCAACAAACUGGAUGGAAGCUGCAGGACCUUCAAUGACUCUGAGCAAGAGGACCUGCAGGGAUUUGGCCUUUGUCUGGACCCUGUGUAUGAUGUCAUAUGGAGGUUCCUGCCGGCUGCAAAAGAGAUGCUGUGCUACAAUGCAGUGAUCGCUGAUGCCAGGAUGCCCUCUGCUACAGAUCUACAGGCUCGCUGUAGCAUCCUCAGCCCCGAGCUUGCGUUGCCCUCAGGAUCUCAUGCCACUACUACUCGCUCUCACGGGGCCCUACACAUCCUUGGUUGCCUGGAUACACUGGCAGCCAUGCAAGAGCUGAAGAUGGGUGUAGCCAGUGCAGAGGAAGAAACCCAGGCAGUGAUGAAGGUCUACUCUAAAGAGGACUACAGUGUGGUGAACCGCUUCGAGAGUCACGGUGGUGGCUGGGGCUACUCGGCUCACUCUGUGGAGGCCAUCCGCUUCUGUGCUGAUGCGGACAUCCUGCUUGGGGGCCUGGGUCUGUUCGGAGGACGAGGGGAGUACACUGCCAAGAUCAAGCUUUUUGAGCUUGGACCUGACGGAGGUGACCACGAGACGGACGGAGAUCUACUGGCUGAGACUGACGUGCUGGCUUAUGACUGUGCUGCCAGGGAGAAAUACGCCAUGAUGUUUGAUGAGCCGGUGCUGCUGCAGCUGGGCUGGUGGUAUGUGGCGUGGGCCCGAGUCUCUGGACCCAGCAGUGACUGUGGCUCCCAUGGACAGGCAACCAUUACAACAGAUGAUGGUGUGGUCUUUCAGUUCAAAAGCUCGAAGAAGUCAAACAACGGUACAGAUGUUAACGCGGGUCAGAUACCACAGCUACUUUACAGGCUUCCUUCAAAUGAUGGCAAUGCAGCUAAAGGAAAACAGCAGACCAGUGAACCGGUCCAUAUCCUUAAACGCUCAUUCGCUCGAACCGUCUCAGUGGAGUGUUUUGAGUCUCUGCUGAGUGUCCUUCACUGGAGCUGGACCACCCUGGUUUUGGGUGUGGAGGAGCUGCGAGGGCUGAAAGGCUUCCAGUACACAGCCACCCUGCUGGACCUGGAGAGACUGCGCUUUGUUGGCACAUGCUGUCUCCGCCUGCUCAGGGUCUACAUCUGUGAGAUAUUUCCCAUUGCUGCCAGCACCAAAGCUGUGGUGGAGGAGUCGAGCAAGCUGGCAGAGUGCGUGGGAAAGACGCGCAGCCUGCUGAAGAAGAUCCUCUCAGAAGGCAUGGACAACUGCCUGACUAAGCUGGACAACGACCCCCAGGGCUACCUGUCUCAGCCUCUGACCCUGCUGGAAGCUGUGCUGCAGGAGUGCCACAACACGUUCACUGCCUGCUUCCACUCUUUCUACCCGACCCCGGCUCUGCAGUGGGCCUGCCUCUGUGACCUGCUCAACUGUCUCGACCAGGACAUUGCUGAGGCCAACUUUCGCACAUCCAGCAGCCGUCUGUUGGCAGCUGUAAUGUCCGCUCUGUGCCACACUUCUGUGAAGCUGACAUCCAUCCUGCCCAUCGCGUACGACGGGGAAGUGCUGCUGCGUUCGCUGGUCAAACAAGUCAGCACAGAGAACGACUCUGCCCUCGCUCACCGCUUCCCCCUGCUGGUCGCCCACAUGGAGAAACUAAGCCAUACGGAGGAGAACCUGAUGGGCAUGACCAGUUUCCGGGAGGUGUUGGAGAAGAUGCUGGUGAUUGUGGUGCUGCCUGUGAGGAAGAGUUUGAGGAAGGAGGUGGAGCUGUUUUCACCGCACCUUGUCUCCAACACCUGUGGUCUGCUGGCCUCCAUCGUCUCUGAGCUCACCGCCUCGGCCCUGGGCUCCGAGGUAACUUCCCAUGACGCAAUACAUUUUUUAUGGCUGCAGCCAGACUCUUACGCAGACCCACAGAAGACAUCUCUGAUCCUGAACAAAGAUGACAUACGCUGUGGAUGGCCGACUACCGUGGUGGUACAGACCAAAGACCAGUAUGGAGAUGUGGUACAUGUUCCUCACAUGAAGGUGGAGGUAAAGGCUGUCCCUGUGUCACAGAAGAAGUCGAUGCACCCUGAGAAUGUGAAAAGGCUGCAGCGGCUCCCUGGAAGCUCCUCUCCUUCGUCCUCUGGCCCUGACCUUACCUUCGGAGGUUUGCCGAUGCCCAAGCUGGAAGCCACGUACGAGCCCAUGAUUGUGAAAGAGGCUCGAUACAUUGCUAUUACCAUGAUGAAGGCAUAUGAAAACUACUCGUUUGAAGAGCUGCGCUUCGCUUCCCCCACCCCAAAGAGACCCAGUGAGAACAUGCUGAUUCGUGCAAACACUGACGGAACCUACAGCGCCAACUGGACCCCCGGAGCAGUCGGCCUCUACACCAUCCAUGUCACCAUCGACGGCAUUGAAAUAGAUGCUGGUAUGGAAGUAGAGGUCAAAGACCCUCCCAAAGGCAUGAUACCACCUGGAACUCAGAUGGUCAAACCAAAGGCUGAACCUCAGCCAAACAAGGUCCGCAAAUUUGUGUCCAAGGACAGCGCAGGCCUGCGUGUGCGUAGUCACCCCUCCCUGCAGAGUGAACAGAUAGGCAUAGUGCAUGUCAAUGGCACCAUCACUUUCAUUGACGAGAUCCAUAACGAUGAUGGUGUGUGGCUCAGGCUCAAUGAUGAAACAGUAAAGAAGUAUGUUCCCAGCAUGAACGGGUACACUGAAGCCUGGUGCCUCUCCUUUAACCAGCACCUGGGCCGGAGCCUACUGGUCCCAGCCGACGAGGUCAGGGGCCAAUCGGAGGAGAACGUAAAGGAGGUGAGCAGCUGCCCUUCCCACGAGGCCCCCUCUCGGGUGCAGAACAGGGCAGGGCAGGGCGGCGGCCCGGGGCUUUAUAAGGUAGUGAAGACCGGCCCCUCUGGUCACAACAUCAGAAGCUGCCCAAACCUUAGGGGUAUCCCCAUUGGAAUGUUAGUUCUUGGCAACAAGGUCAAGGCCAUAGGCGAGGUGGUCAACUCAGAGGGGACCUGGGUGCAGCUGGAUAAGAACAGUGUAGUGGAGUUCUGUGAGAGCGAUGAAGGCGAGGCCUGGUCAUUGGCCAGAGACCGCGGUGGGAAUCAGUACCUUCGCCACGAGGACGAACAAGCACUGCUUGAGCAAGGGGCCCAGACCCCUCCUCCCAGCCCUUUCUCUGUGCAGGCCUUCAACAGAGCCGCAGCUUCAAACGGAGCGCAGGGCUUUGACUACGGCAUCUCCAACAACAAAGGUGAAAGAGGGAACCUGAUGCCCGGUGCACGGCCAAUGUCCCCGGCCUCCAAACACCGGCAGGAGAAUCGCUCUCCCAAACAGGAGGGUCGGGGGGGCCGCUCGUCCGAACAGAGCAGGAGCAAGACGGGGGAGGCGCUCUCUGCCAGCGAAGCCCUCAUCCUGCGGUCAGAUACGGCCAAACUGAGGUCAGACUCUCACAGCCGCUCCCACUCGCCCAAUCACAACACUCUGCAGGCCCUGAAGGCAGACGGUAGGACCCCAGGACUUCGGGCCGAGUCCCCAAACCCAGGCUCUCGCUCCUCCUCUCCCAAACAGAAGGGUGUAUCCUCCUCAGGCAGGUCCAGUCCCUCCAGCAUCUCUUCCCAGCACUCGUCUUCGGCCAACCAUGACAAGAACCUCUCACCUUCCUCCAAAGCCCGCCUAGACCCUCCUAGGGAGAGGUCCAAAUCAGAUUCCUACACUCUGGACCCGGACACACUCAGAAAGAAGAAGGUUCCACUUACAGAGCCACUGAGAGGCAGGUCGACCUCUCCCAAACCUAAACUGUCUCCUAAAGAUCCAAACCAAGAUCCAAACCAAGACCCAAACCACGAUCCAAACCAAGAUCCAAACCAAGACCCAAACCAAGAUCCAAACCAAGAUUUGAUUAGUAACACAGAGAACCGUGUUCCUUCUCCACAUGUGACCCAGGAGAACCUCCACAGUGAAGUGGUGGAGGUGUGCACCUCUAGCGCUCUCCUCUCAGAGGAUGGCAAUGAUGAGAACGGGGAGGCUCAAAAUGCUGAGAAUGGAUCAGACAAGGUGCACUUCAGCAUUGGCAAAGCUCCGGUCAAAGAGGAAGUAGAGCUCAGGGCUUCACCCAAAGUCAGUCGCAAAACCUCCAGUCGCCACGCGCGCCCUAAAAAGGACAAAUCUGGCCCUCUGUUUAAAGGCGAGACUGCAUCGAGGGCCACGGAGCCGGCCAAACAGGCCAUGUCGCCCUCUGUGGCUGAAUGUUCACGAGCAGUCUAUGCAGCAUUUCUGUGGCAUGAAGGUAUUGUCCACGAUGCCAUGGCCUGCUCGUCCUUCCUCAAGUUCAACCCAGAUUUAACCAAAGAGCACGCCCCCAUCCGCAACUCCCUGGGAGGACAGGCUGCUGAGGAGAAGGAGAACAAGCUAAAGAACCGCCACUCCUUAGAGAUUUCUUCUGCACUUAACAUGUUUAAUAUUUCCCCACAUGGCCCAGACAUCUCCAAAAUGGGAAGCAUCAACAAAAACAAGGUGCUGUCCAUGCUGAAAGAACCUCCACUGCCAGAAAAGUGUGAGGAGGGGAAAGGAGAUGCCGCCUCCUAUGAGACCACUUCUCAUCCUGUUAUGAGGGUGAAGUCAAUCCUACCGUUAACGUUACAACAUCUGGUCUCAUUUUGGGAGGACAUUUCUUUGGCCACCAUCAAUGCAGCGACACAGAACAUGAUCUUCCCAAGCCCAGGGUCAAGUGCCAUCCUUAAAAGGAAGGAACAUGAGAAAGACGGUAAGAAGACAAAGAAGGAGAAGAAGAAGAGGGACAAGGCAGAUGUGCGCCCGAGAGGAAAUCUGUUUGGAGAGAUGGCACAGCUGGCUAUGGGAGGACCGGAGAAAGACACCAUCUGUGAGCUGUGCGGGGAGUCUCACCCUUACCCCGUCACAUACCAUAUGAGACAGGCUCACCCAGGUUGUGGCCGCUAUGCUGGAGGCCAAGGCUAUAACAGCAUUGGCCACUUCUGUGGUGGUUGGGCUGGGAACUGUGGAGACGGAGGCAUAGGAGGCAGCACCUGGUACCUGGUGUGUGAUCGCUGUCGGGAAAAAUACCUGAGAGAGAAACAGACUGCCGCCAGGGAAAAGGUGAAGCAAUCCAGGAAGAAACCCUUGCAGGUGAAGACGCCAAGGGCCCUGCCCACUAUGGAGGCCCACCAGGUGAUUCGGGCAAACGCUCUGUUCCUGCUGUCCCUCAGCAGCGCUGCCGAGCCCAGCAUGCUGUGCCACCACCCGACCAGACCCAUGCACUCCCAGCUGCUCCCCAGCCUCAAGGAGGGCGUGUCGGAUGAAGUCCCCAAUAAAAUUGGCUGCCUCUACCUUCAGACACUAGCUAGGCAACACACUGAGAACUUUGGCGCCUACCAAGACGAAAACCUCUUCCAAGAUGAGAUGAGGUAUCUGCGCUCAACAUCUGUUCCUGCACCUUAUAUUUCAGUCACACCUGAUGCCUGCCCAAAUGUGUUCGAGGAACCAGAGAACAACAUGAAGUCAAUGCCCCCCAGUCUCGAGACCAGUCCGAUCACAGACAGCGAUACGGCUAAACGGACAGUCUUUCAGAGGUCUUACUCAGUCGUAGCAUCCGAGUAUGACAAGCAGCACUCGCCCUCUCCAGCUCGGGUCAAAGCUGUUCCCAGACGCAGGGUCCAUAGUGGUGAUGCAGAGGUGGGAUCUUCCCUGUUACGACACCCGUCUCCUGAGCUGUCCAGGCUGAUCUCGGCCCACGGCUCCCUCAGUAAGGGGGAGAGGAACUUCCAGUGGCCUGUUCUGGCUUUUGUCAUCCAGCACCAUGACCUGGAGGGCCUGGAAGUGGCCAUGAGGCACGCAUUGAGGAAGUCUGCCUGCAGGGUGUUUGCCAUGGAGGCAUUCAACUGGCUGCUGUGCAAUGUGAUCCAGACCACCUCCCUGCACGACAUCCUCUGGCAUUUUGUAGCAUCUCUCACCCCAUCGCCGUAUGAACCUGAGGACGACGAAGACGAGGAGAACAAGGGGAAGCAAGAAAAUGUGGAACAGGAGAGAGACCUUGGCGUUUGUGAACAUCCUCUGUCAGACAUUGUUAUCGCCGGGGAGGCAGCUCAUCCCCUCCCCCACUCCUUCCACCGCCUCCUGCAGACCAUCUCUGACCUCAUGAUGUCACUUCCUAGUGGCAGCUCACUUCAGCAGAUGGCACUGAGGUGCUGGAGUUUGAAGUUCAAGCAGUCCGACCACCAGUUCCUCCACCAGAGCAACGUUUUCCAUCACAUCAACAACAUCCUUUCCAAGUCAGAUGAUGGUGACAGCGAGGAGAGCUUCAACAUCAGCGUGCAGUCGGGCUACGAAGCAAUGAGCCAGGAUCUCUGCCUGGUGACCUGUCUGAAGGAUCUGACCAGUGUCGUGGACAUCAAGACGUCCAGUCGUCCUGCCAUGAUCGGCAGCCUCACAGACGGCUCCACAGAGACCUUCUGGGAAUCUGGAGAUGAGGACAAGAACAAAACCAAGAGCAUCACCAUCAGCUGUGUGAAAGGCAUAAACGCCACUAAUGUGACGGUUCAUGUGGACAACUCCAGAGACAUCGGGAACAAAGUCACAUCCGUCACAUUCCUCUGUGGUAAAGCAAUCGACGACCUCUGCAGAAUCAAACAGGUCGAGCUCGAGGCCCGUCACAUGGGCUGGGUGACGAGUGAGCUUCCUGGUGGGGAUCAUCAUGUGAUCAAGUUGGAACUGAAGGGUCCGGAGAACACACUGAGAGUGCGCCAGGUGAAGGUCCUCGGCUGGAAAGAGGGCGAGAGCAUAAAGAUCCUCGGACAGAUCUCAGCCAGCAUGGCCCAGCAGAAGAACUGCGAGGCGGAGACUCUCCGAGUGUUUCGCCUCAUCACAUCACAGGUCUUUGGGAAACUUAUCUGUGGCGAUGCAGAGCCAACUCCAGAGCAGGAGGAGAAAAACCUUCUUUCAUCACCUGAGGGAGAAGACAAGGCACCAUCUGACGCAGACCUUAAAGAGCACAUGGUGGGAAUCAUUUUCAGCAGGAGUAAACUCACCAACCUCCAGAAACAGGUGUGUGCGCACAUCGUCCAAGCCAUCCGUAUGGAGGCCACCCGGGUGAGGGAGGAGUGGGAACACGCCAUCUCCAGCAAAGAGAACGCUAACUCUCAGCCCAGUGACGAUGACGCCUCCUCAGACGCCUACUGCUUCGAGCUGCUGUCCAUGGUCCUGGCUCUGAGCGGCUCCAACGUCGGCCGCCAGUACCUAGCUCAGCAGCUAACGCUCAUGCAGGACCUGUUUUCUCUGCUGCACACAGCGUCUCCAAGAGUACAGAGACAGGUCACAUCGUUGCUCAGACGCGUCCUCCCAGAGGUUACACCAGUGCGACUCGCCAGCAUCAUUGGAGUGAAGGCGCUGCCACCUGCAGACAUCAGUGACAUCAUCCACUCCACAGAAAAGGGCGACUGGAACAAGCUCUGCAUCCUCGACAUGUUCCUGGGCUGCAUCGCAAAAGCCCUCACCGUGCAGCUGAAAGCCAAAGGUACCACCAUCGCUGGCACCGCCGGCAUGGCAGCGGGCAAAGGGGUCACCACCGUCACGCUGCCCAUGAUCUUCAACUCCAGCUACAUCCGCAGGGGAGAGAGCCACUGGUGGAUGAAAGGCUCCACUCCUCCUCAGAUAGCAGAGAUCAUCAUAAAGCUGGUUAAAGACAUGGCAGCUGGACACCUUUCAGAAGGCUGGUCCAAAAUCACCAAAAAUGCAAUAGCUGAGACCAUCAUAGCACUGACCAAAAUGGAGGAGGAACAUCGGUCUCCUGUACGCUGUAUCGCCACAACAAGGCUGUGGCUGGCCUUAGCUUCACUGUGUGUGCUGGACCAGGAUCAUGUGGACAGGCUGUCCUCCGGUCGCUGGAUGGGCAAAGAUGGACAGCAGAAGCAGAUGCCUAUGUGUGACAAUCAUGAUGAUGGAGAGACGGCAGCCAUAAUCCUGUGCAACAUGUGCGGCAACCUCUGCACCGACUGUGACCGCUUCCUCCACCUGCACCGCCGCACGCGCUCUCACCAGAGACAGGUGUUCAAGGAGGAAGAGGAGGCCAUAAAGGUGGAUCUCCAUGAAGGCUGUGGGAGGACUAAGCUCUUCUGGCUCAUGGCUCUGGCCGACUCUAAGACUAUGAAGGCUAUGGUGGAGUUCAGAGAGCACACAGGUAAACCAGCCUCCAGCAGCUCAGACGCCUGCAGGUUUUGUGGUACGAGGAAUGGGACGGAGCUGUCUGCAGUGGGCAGCGUCUGCUCAGACCCAGACUGCCAGGAAUAUGCUAAACUGGCCUGCAGUAAAACUCAUUCCUGUGGACACCCCUGUGGAGGAGUCAAGAAUGAGGAGUGCUGCCUUCCCUGUCUGCACGGCUGUGACAAGAACACUAGCUGUCUGAAACAGGAUGCAGACGACAUGUGUAUGAUCUGCUUCACAGAGGCCCUCUCUGCUGCUCCUGCAGUACAGCUGGACUGCACUCACGUGUUCCACCUUCAGUGUACUCGUCGUGUUCUUGAAAAUCGCUGGCUCGGGCCCCGAAUCACGUUUGGCUUCAUGUUGUGUCCCAUCUGUAAGAACAAAAUCAAUCACUUGGUGAUCAAGGACCUGCUCGACCCCAUUAAGGAGCUUUAUGAUGACGUGAGGAGAAAGGCUCUGAUGAGGCUGGAGUACGAAGGUCUACAUAAGAGCGAGGCGAUAACUACACCAGGAGCCCGAUUCCACAACGACCCUGCAGGCUUUGCCAUGAACAGAUAUGCAUACUAUGUCUGCUUCAAGUGCAAGAAGGCCUAUUUCGGAGGAGAGGCUCGCUGCGACGCGGAGGCGGGACAGGGCGAUGACUACGACCCCAGUGAGCUGAUCUGUGGAGCAUGCUCAGAUGUCUCCAGGGCUCAGAUGUGCUCCAAACAUGGCACAGACUUCCUGGAGUAUAAAUGUCGGUACUGCUGCUCUGUGGCCGUUUUCUUCUGCUUUGGCACCACACACUUCUGCAACGCCUGCCAUGAUGACUUCCAGAGGAUGACCAGUGUCCCCAAGGAGGAACUGCCUCAUUGUCCUGCAGGGCCCAAAGGCAAGCAGCUGGAGGGUACAGAGUGCCCUUUGCAUGUGGUUCACCCACCGACGGGGGAGGAGUUCGCCCUGGGCUGUGGGGUGUGCAGAAAUGCCCACACCUUCUAACCAACAGAAGACUUUUAUUUGAAAACCAGUUUGUCUACUGUGAUUUCUGGCUGCUGCUGAAGCUCAGCCGUGAAGCUUGGCUCUUGCAUUGUCGGGUCUCCUGGACUGGAUCAGGUUUCCUCCCUACGCUGAGAGUACUCAGGUCUGCUCUUCUACCAACAUCAGUAACAUGGGGCUCUGAUACCAUCCUUUAGAUUCAGAGUUACCUGAAUGGAAAAAAGGAACAAUAGAUUUUAAAAAAGAAGAAAAAAAAAGAAAAUAUCUUGUGACGUGUUUGCAUGCGGCCGUUGUAUUCCCUCGGCUUCUAUAGACGUUGCACACCUCCUGAUCACUGAAGUGUAUCAAUACCAGAUUUAACAUUGAAUAUGAGAGGAAUUUGCUUAAAGGCAACUGUGGAUCAGCGUGGGUUUAAAAAAAAAAAAAAGGAACAGGCCGUAUUUCCAGCUUCCUAACUAUACAUUUAAAUUUAAAUAUUGUUGUAUGUAAACUUUUUUCGUAAUCUUGUACAGUAUUCUCCACUGUCAAGUGCAUCAUGGGUUGACGGACAAAAAAAGAAGGUGGAAAAGACUGUUAAGAAUAUUAUGUUUGGGAGGAAAAUAGUGUACGAUUUAUCUAAUCUUGUAUAUAUGAUACUAUUCAAAAUAGCUGUAUUCCGAAGUUGCUACUCUUCACUUCAGUUUUGUUUGAUAUUCUGGGUUAUGUUUUGAGCCAGAACUUUUAAUGAAGUGCAAUACUGGGUGUGCCUCCUAUUUUGCAGCUGUUUAACCUAUGGAAUGUAUGUCAAUAAAGCCACUGUACAUUUUUAUACAGUAGACAGUCGUAAUUCCCCCUCUUCUUAAUGUCAGAUCUCUUCUGUUGUCUGGAUAUGAAAAGGUUGAGCCUGAUGCCCGCAGUGAAUGAUAGUGGAUGUAAAUCUUAUUUGGAGCUCUGUCAAAACAUGAAAAAUUACCAAAAUCCUACAGUAAUACAAAACAAACAAAAGACCUCGCAGUGAGACUGAAUACGGCUGAGUGAUACGAGGGGCCAGUCUUCACACCAAAUACAAUUGUGCACCUGUAAUGUUUUUCCCUAGUAGGAGGCAUCGGGAUCGGGGGGGUCAGGGGAACAGAGUGUGGAAAAAAGCUGCUGUUAUAUAAAAGCUUAAUACUUGUGAAUCUGCUCUGUAAUAUCUGUGGUGGAUGGAGUUGAAUGGUAAUAAACCAGGUUCUCUGUUUCGCAAAGUAUACACUGUCAUUCAUGAGUGGUGACAUUCCCAUUAAAUUACCUACAGUCA